CAGGUUUCCCCGCUAUGUUAGUUAUAUUUGCACAUGCGUGCGUGAUGGUGAUACUUACUUGUUCUUAAACUUUGUACACGCCUGUCCACGAUCUUUCUGGCAAUUUGGUAGCCCUGAUGGACUCAUUGACACGCAAGUAUAGGUCUUCACAGCCAAUGACUAAUUGAGGCGGGCCUUAAUAUUGUUAUCUGAUGACAUUUUAGGUGUGUUGACUGCCACUGCCCUUGAGCGGACUCAUAUAAAAGCAGGGAUACCGGUUUCCAGUAAGUUAACCCCGUUUAUAUAGGCCUAAUCUACAUACAUAGUCGAUACGACUAAUCUGAUGCGCUUGCACAAAGGCUCUCAGGCAGCUCUCUUUCUCCUACUGGUGCACUCUGUCGGAACAGCCACUGCGGAUGCUAACUUUUCUCAGUGUCUGAACGACAUCAUCUCGAGUGCAAUUGCUAACCAAAACUUAGACGGUCUACUCGACGGUAACGGAAAUCCAGUGUCAAAUGCUUCUGAUGCAACAUCGAUCAGUUACUUGAUGUGUACAUCUCGUUGCGGGACUGGGCAAGAAGCUUUCCAGUGUGCAUGGCUGCUACCAAAUCUUGCACUGAUUUCGCAGCUCCCCUUUGGGGCACAGUACAGGCUUGAUAAUCUCAUGUCUGCUGUGUUGACUGUUGGAUCACCAACACUUGCGGGUUACUCUCUAUUCGUCACCCUACUCAACUCUCGCUGGAUAACCCGCCAGUUCAACUCCCUGGACUAUCAUCCUAAUUCACGCUUCGCGCUCUCCAUCUUGAGCAGCCUUCAACAAGUUCCUCUCAGACUCCAUCCUGAUCGCGAACGCCUACCCUCUCUCAUCCUUCCGGAAAAUGACUGGUGGAAAUGUCUCGCUGAAUUUGUGGACUACACCCAUACGUGGUCAAUUGCGUCCGCAACCUCCAUUGCAUGGGUUAUUGUCGCCUAUAUCCUGACUGUUGCCAACUCACUAUCGAAUGUUUACGCAAACGUUCAAUCCAAUGGAGAGGCCACCGGCUCAAUGUGGUUGUGGUUGAUUCCGAUAGUCGUCGGAUGGUUGCAACUCUCCCCGAAAUGCGACUUUGGUCGCUUACAAGCUGCUUAUGACCGUGCAGACAGACAUAGUAGUAUGCACACGAGAACAUCAGACAUUCGUGUCGGGAUGCUUCCUGCGUCAUCCCGGAGAGCGUUGGCUAUAACUGCUAAAGAGGAUGAUGUGAUGUCUCCGGACGAACUCUUGACCCCUCCGGUGUAUAAUUACUCGCGUUCUCUGCGAUGGGCAUCUACAGCAGAGAGUGUCUUCAUGGUGUUCAAAGAGGACUCAGAGGCAUCAGAGAAGAUUCAUAGCCAUCUUCCCGUCUGUAGGAAUGAUGGGAACGAUUCUGGCAUUAACGACGCUACCGAAAACAUCCAAUACAUAGACACUACCAACGAUAUUCAUGACAAAAACCGACGCGGGUCCCUACAAUACGUGUACUGCGCGGAGCCCGACGGGGCGCAGAGUGUACACAGCCAUUGGGCACCUGGUGUGUUCACAAGAAUGUUUAUCGCUUCCUGUGCUUCACUUGCAUUACAAUGGGGAACAGUCGGAGCAGCAUUUCUGGUGGGGUGGUUCACGCCUACAACAACAAUCGGAUGUCGAUCUCUGGGUUAUCUCCUUUACGGAGCCAUUUCAACUUUAGCUUGGAUGAUGCUCCUGAUGUCCAGUAUUCUCGCCCACUCUUCCGCCGCUGACCGACGCCGAGUAUCUACACGCGUUGCUUUAGCGUUUUCGCACAUCCUGCGGUGGACGGGCAAAUUUUUUGCUAUGUUGAACUUUUUUUUGGCGAUCAUGACGUGCGUAUUCCAGUACUCCAGUUUCUACGAUAGAUGUUUCUGCAAUUCCAGCGUAUUUAGCAGGGGAAGCGCAGCGUAUGCUGUAAUCAUCGAAACCACAGCCCAAGCUGCGCAGGCUAAGGUUGCUUGGAUCGGUGCCCUUGUCUUAGCGUGUACAUCAGCAUCAGGUUUCCUUUUUAUCUUGAAUCUUUUGUUGGAUACCCUACCAUCGUAGGUAAUUUGGAGGAGUGACUUAUCUUGUAAGACUGUUUGUAGUAGUAUCAUGUUCUGAUAUGUGACUUGAUCGGACUUCACGAAAUCAUUAUUUCGUUGGAUGAUAAAUGUUCAGGGACUGUAGGGAGAUGAUAUUUGUCUUACCGUAGCCAUAUGUACUGAAUGAAGAUUGAGAGAAAAA